GCUUUCUGUUUUACUCAAGUUGGUUUUCUUUUUUUCGAAUCUUGAUAUUUGAAAUCGGUUUCUUAUAGGCAUGGUAAUUCACGUAUCGAAGCUGGACCAUUAGAUGUAGCAGAUGCAGAUGAAAAUCGAACUAAACUUCAAUUAGCACUUUGUGUAGAAUUCAUUCAAACUGAAUCUACUUCAACGAAUCCGAAUCCAACACCAAGUAUUAGAUUAAUCUUAGAAUUCAUUGCAGGAGUUUUGAUCGUACCGAGGUAUUCAAAACUUCAAUCUAACGAAGACAAUCGACCCAACGAAUUGAAAUCGAAUAGGAAAUCUUCUUCUAGAUUAUCUUUAAUGAAUCAUCAUAAAUCGAAAUCAUCAAUCUCAAUUCAAUCUUCUACUUCUUCUACUACAACACCCAAUGAACUUAAUCCAACCAAAAGAUUACGGAUGACUAAAGACUUGAUCGAGUUACCUAAACCGUUUCUUGAGUUACCGAUCAGUUUAUCAACCCUAGCAUCAUCAUUACACGAGAUCCAUACAGUAGCCCGAAUGACGAUGUGUUCAUCAUCUACGACAUCCUUCUUAACCAGUUCGAAGCUAGGAUUAAAUACAGAAAAGUUAAAAAAGUUGGCUAAAUGUAUUGAAAGACAAGCAGCCGAAUCAGAAUCAGGAGAGAAUGGGAUCUUAAAAGAAGAAAGGUUGAUUAAGAAGGGUAGGAAAUGGUUAAGACGUAAACGGAAAGGGUUCUUGGGUGAGAUUGGUGGUAAUGAAACUCAAAAGGUUGAUGGGGUUGGGUUACCUUUGCCGAAUGGAGCUACUUUGGUUCAACCUUUUGAUUCGGAUUGGUCUUGAAGAGAAAAUUGAAUUGAAUUGAAUUGAAUUGAUUGAUUUGAUUUUUACUUAACAAAAGAAGAGAGUUUCUUUACUGGGGGGCGGGGGGAGGUGAUCUUAUUUUGGCUUAAUUCUUUUUUUUCAUUGGGAUGAUGAUGGAUAUGCAAGUGAACAUGAUGGGUAUGGUGUUGUUUUUUUCUUUUAAAGAUAAGUAUUUGGGACAAAAAGAGAAAGAUUUUUUUUGGGGGAUUCAAUGUUUAAAUUUAUUCAUUUUUUAUUAUAUAUACAAUUAUGUAUUGAGCUUUGAUAAUUUUUAUGAUCAUUAUUCUUUUCUUUAUCUCUCAAGUUAAAAAUGCAUCAAAGGUUUGUUUUUAUUAUUAUUUUUGAAGAAAUCAGCAAAGGUUUAAACUGCAAAUUUUUUUUUUUUUUUGUAAAAUGGGGUUUUUCUUACUAGUUGUUUUUUUAAUUGAUUUGGUUUUGGUUUUGGUUUGGUUUGUCUAGAACAGAACAAAAAGUAAAAGAUUUAACAAAUUUUUUUCUGAC